AUGGUGCUACUGAUACUGGCGGUGGCGCAGCCAUCGCGGGCGGAGACGGCAUGCUACACGCGGCUGUUCAGCUUCGGGGACUCGCUGACAGAUACGGGUAACUUUCGCUUCGUCUUCCCCAACGACACACUUGCGCCCGGGCUCUCCCUGCCCUACGGUGAGACCUUCUUUCAAAGGCCCACCGGCCGCUUCUCGAAUGGCCGCCUCAUCGUCGACUUCAUCGCGUCCGCGCUAGGGCUGCCGUUCCUGACGCCGUACUGGAGCGGGAAGAGCGUGGAUGACUUCGCGCACGGAGCCAACUUCGCCGUCGCCGGCGCAACGGCGAUGGGUCCGGAAUUCUUCUGGGACAGGGGCUACUCCGCGGCUGACGCUGAGACCGUGCACCUUGACACGCAGAUGAGCUGGUUCCGAGACCUACUCCACCUGCUAUGCCCAAGCGAUUUAUCGGACUGUGAAGACAUGAUGAGCACAUCUCUAUUCUUGGUUGGAGAAAUUGGGGGCAAUGACUACAACUGUCCUCUCCAAUCUUUGAUGCCCUUUGAGAUGAUUCGGUCCUUCACUCCUACUGUAAUAGACAAAAUCUCUGCCACGAUCACUGAUCUGAUUGAGCUCGGAGCCAAAACACUACUAGUUCCUGGCAACCUCCCGAUUGGGUGCUCACCAGUAUACCUGACGACAUACAAGAGUAACAAGACACAAUACUAUGAGCCAGAGACUGGUUGCAUCAGUUGGCUGAAUGCAUUCUCACAGUACCACAAUAAAAUUCUUGUGGAUGAGUUGGAAAAGUUGCGAAAGCUUCAUCCUAACGUAUCAAUCAUCUAUGCCGAUUACUAUGCAGCUGCUAUGGAAAUAUUUGUUUCCCCUAAACAUUUUGGGAUUGAGGAUCCGUUGGUGGCUUGCUGCGGCGGAGCAGGUCCUUAUGGUGUGUCUUUGACUGAACGUUGCGGACAAGGAGAAUACAACUUGUGUGAUGACCCACAAAAUUAUGGAUCUUGGGACGGCAUACAUCCCACAGAAGCAACAUACGAAGCUAUUGCCAAUGGUCUAUUAAGAGGUUCAUAUACUAAGCCUCCAAUUUCUACCAACACCAAUUCAUGUGGAAGACCUGCUGAGCUUUUCUCUUCCGUUUAAUACAAGACAAUCUACGACAUGUAAUAUGUAACUAUGUUUUUAAUUAAAUGGAAUCUUCAUUAUCCUAGUAUGUGCACAAACUAGCAUUAGUAGAGAUGUGCCAAGUAGUGGCAUUGCGUUUUUGCUACUAGUGGCGUGUAUCCGACACUGGUAGCCUUUAUUAGUGGC